AUAUCCGGCUGUAUACGGAAAUAUCUCCGGAUAUUGAUUGCGCAAUGUGGGAUCAGGUGUAAUUUUUGGCGGUGAAGUAUCAGGUGGAGCCCUCAAAAUGGCGUCUCGUCAAGAACCACCAUCGGGACUCCUACCUUCCUCGUCUUAUCAAAGUGAAGAAAAGGUCCUGGAAAAACUAAGACAGUUGAGGUUAUGGCAGCAGAGACAGCAGGAGGAGUUGUUUCUACAGCAACAGCUUGAACUGGACCUACUGAGACAAUCAAAACUGAAACAAGAAGAAGAAAUGGAGGAGGAGGAGGAGGAAGAGUAUAAAAACUCCUCAAGUGAAACAAACACUUCUUUUAUUGGGAAUAAUCAACCUGUACAUUCUAAUCCAUUACAACCGGCAGGACACACACACAGUGGCUCGUCCAUUGCCUCCAACCAGUCGGCUGAUUCCGGUAUGCUCAGUGGCCAUAGUUGUCAUGAUGUUGAUUUAACGAGAAGGAGGGGUCAAGUUAACGAAGUGGAUGACGGUUCUAGUGGCUUUGAGACCCCAGAGUCUGAUGAUGUUCUAUCAGAAACUGAUGAAGCUAAUAAUAAAGAGUUGCCAGUCUCUCAGCCACUCCAGAUAGUGAUAUCAGCAAGUCAUGAUGAGCAGCCUCUGCAACCAGGAAUCGGCCCUGGGCAAUCAGCCUCAACAUUUGAGGAGCUCCUUGAAAAUAAAUUACAACAAUACCAAGUCACUGAUGAGUUACAGCAGCCAUUAUCACAGUAUUCUUCAACGCCUCCUAAUCAGUCAUCACUAGCAAGGUGCUCUAGUCAGGACUCAUUUUUUGGUCGUAAAGAGCAGAGAGAAAAAAGAGAGGAGGCUGAGCUGGCAGAGUUUGAAUUGCUGGAAAGAGCAGCAGAGGAGACUUCCUUCACAUCCCAGUGCUCUAUAGUGACUCGUGCUUUAGCUAACUGUCAGCCUUCCUCUACUUCUAGCCCUCUCUCUUUGAAGAAUACUGCUAGCAUCAGGAAUGAGGUGAAGGAAGAGCCCAGUGGAGGGCUUGGUAGCCCUUCACAGAUCACAGAUAUGAGAUCAUUGCAUAGAGAGAGGGCAUCUUUGACUGAAAGUGUCCUUGAUGUUGAUGAAGAGCCUCUGCUAGUGAUGGGGGAGAGAAAGGGACCACCUCUACCUCACUUUCCACUGCCUUCAGUGCAAGAAGAGGAAGGACUCUCUGAUUUUAAUUCAACUCUUACUACUGAUGGAGAGGAGGGAAGGGAGAGGUUUGGUGAUGAAGAGGAGUGGGGUAGCUUUAAGAGCACUCCAAUGCAGAUCCCUCCAGUCUUAGCUAGUACAUGUACAACCAGUACUGAGAGUAGUCCUUAUUCUUCACCAAAGAAGCUUAUUGCUUUAACUUCAGCUUCUAUACCACAUUCUUCCGAUUUCUCUUCUUCUGUCUCUCUUCCUGCUCAUUCUCCUACUCCUCCUCCACAUGCUUCAGCUCCAGUUAGAAAAGUUAAAGUACUUGCAUCGCAAGGGAAGACAGAGUCUCAGGAGACUGAUAAUCCUCCUCUUCCUUCUGGUGAUACUGUAUCAGCUCCUUCCCUCCCUCCUCCUUCUUCUCUUGUUGCUAAGUUAUUUCCAAGUCUAAGCAAAGAGAGAGCAAGCUCUCAGGCUAAAAUCAAGCCGACCACAACUAAUAUGCAACAACCUUUUGUCCCUUCACAACCUCCUACUGCCUCCAUACCUCAAUACCAAGGACCGUCACUUUCUACAGUUCAUCAAACAACGGCUCCUUUUCCUAAAGUGGGUCCAUCGGGUAUUGAAGGAGUUAGCGAUGAGAUACAGGACAAGCUUUUGCAACUUGAGAAGGAAAUUAAUACUUUUAAGACUGAGAAUGCUGCCUUGGAGAGACUAAGGGUUGAAAAGGAACAGGGUUUGCUCUCCUUGAAAGAAGAGGUGGAGAGAUUUGAGAGAGAGAAAGAGCUUGAGAUGAACAACUUUGAGCAAUACAAGGAGGACGAGAUCAGAAAACUAAAGAGAGAACGUAAAGUAUUUGAAAUGUACCAGAAAGAGUCAAAAUCGCAGAAAGACAAGAAAGAGAAGGAGGAGAGAGCUGCCUUAAGGAAAGAGUUGGAGGAUUUGAGGGAGGAGCUACGUCAGAAGGAGCAGCGUUGGUCGAGUACUCUCUCACGGUACAGACUAAGGAUUGAGAGUUUGGAGUCUCAGAACGAAGAGCUGCAAAAAGACUUGAGAAUGAUGGAAGAACAAAGACUGCUACAAUGGCAGAAGCAGUUGGAGAGUAAGAGAAGUCCUAAGGAGAGACGUGUUGCAUCUACUACACAGUCACAUAACCUACCAGUUAACAGUAAAGCACCAGUUACUAGUAAAGGAAUGGCUACUAGCGGUAUUCCUCCAGUAAACACUGCUCCAGUGAUGGGUGCUGCGUCUAGGAACAAAAGAACAGCUACCAAUAGGUCUACCAGCAGCGAUAGGAAUAAAACUACCAGCAAAGACACUGCAGCAGAGAAAAGAAUGAAGAAACAGACAAAACCUUCUCUUUCAUUAGGUCUACGUGACUCAACCUCUGAUGUUAAAAUGGAGGAAAGGACAGUGGGUCGAGAGCAAGAGGAGCAGCCAUUAGUAGAGACUCUAGCUAAUAGAUCAGUGACUCCUGAGGAUAUCAGAGGAUUUAUAAAUGAAGGGUUAAUGUCAGAUAAUGAUGAGGAACAGAAUGAGGGAGAUUUGCAGUCAAUAGUGAUUAACAGUAGUGACAGUAUGAUCACUGAUAGUGAUUGUUCUAUCAUUGAUGUGAAAGCUGUUGAUGUGUCUGCAGUUAGUGCUAGUGGAGGGACAGACUCCAGUGUAUGUUCUAAUAAAGCUGAUGAGAUAGUGGCCCAAGUACUUCAGUCAGCCAGUGAGCAAGUAUUGGAUCAUGAAGCAAUAAGGCGUCCCAUGAGUCCUGUUCCCACUCUUCCAAAGUCUGUUAGGUUCAGUGAUGAUAGAGGAGGAGGAGAGAGGGAGAGGGAGAAAGGGAGGGAGAGAAGUGUCCAGUUGAGUUGCUCACCAACUAAUGGCCAAUCCUAUCCUCCUACAGCCACAUUGUGCAGGGUUUUUGGUGACAUUCUUGAGUAACUUUUAGAAUUCAUUAAAACAUUUAAAUGUGAUCAGAAUCAGCUCAAAAUUU